CGGAGACAACGGAGAGGCGGCCCCGGCCCGAAGAGGAGGAGGAGGAAGGCGGGCAGGCAGGCAGAGCAGGCCGCGCGCUCCAUCGAGGCCCCGGCCGGCCGAGGGACAAAGAAGGCCGCCCUUCCUUCCUUCCUUCUUUCGCACGGGACCGGCCUCGUCGUAGGCCCAGAGAAGUGUGGACCAGGACCAUGCGCUCUUCCUGUGGAUGGCCUCGCUAGCGCUGUGAGGGGCUUCAUUACCUGGCCCUUGGACACCUGGAAGCGGAGGAGCGGAGAUAGCGGUGCCCCACUCCUGUUCCCCCUUUUGGGGGGCAGGGAGGACAGAGGAACACAACACUGAGGGACAAUGGAUCCUCUGACCCGCCCCGGGGGCGAUAUCAUGCGUCGGAACCCGCAGCAGGAUUAUGAGCUGGUUCAGCGGGUGGGGAGCGGCACCUAUGGCGACGUCUACAAGGCCCGAAACGUGCACUCCGGAGAGAUGGCUGCAGUGAAAAUUAUCAAGUUGGAACCUGGAGACGACUUUUCAUUGAUCCAGCAAGAAAUCUACAUGGUCAAGGAAUGCAAACACUGCAACAUCGUCGCUUACUUUGGAAGCUAUCUCAGCCGGGAGAAGCUCUGGAUCUGUAUGGAAUACUGUGGAGGAGGAUCCCUUCAAGAUAUUUAUCAUGUGACGGGGCCACUGUCAGAGUUGCAGAUCGCGUAUGUUUGCAGAGAAACAUUGCAGGGACUUGCAUAUUUGCACAUGAAAGGGAAGAUGCAUCGGGACAUUAAGGGUGCAAAUAUUUUGCUGACGGAUCACGGGGACAUCAAGUUAGCUGACUUCGGCGUAGCGGCAAAAAUAACCGCCACCAUUGCGAAGAGGAAGUCGUUCAUUGGCACGCCUUACUGGAUGGCCCCAGAAGUAGCUGCAGUAGAAAAAAACGGGGGCUACAACCAGCUCUGCGACAUCUGGGCCGUGGGCAUCACGGCCAUUGAGCUGGGAGAGCUCCAGCCACCCAUGUUUGAGCUUCACCCCAUGAGGGCCCUCUUUCUCAUGUCCAAAAGCAACUUUCAACCUCCAAAGCUAAAGGAAAAAACAAAAUGGUCAUCAACAUUCCAUAAUUUUGUCAAAGUGGCACUCACCAAAAACCCAAAGAAGAGGCCAACAGCAGAAAGGCUUCUCACACAUAGCUUUGUGGGGCAGCCGGGUCUUUCUCGCUCGCUGGCCGUUGAACUCUUGGACAAAGUGAACAACCCCGACAACCACCCUCACUACAGCGAGACAGACGAUGAUGACUUUGAGCCUCACCCCAUUAUCCGCCACACCAUUCGCUCCACCAACCGGAAUGUACGAGCAGAACGGACAGCGUCUGAAAUAAACUUUGACAAGUUGCAGUUUGAGCCGCCGCUCAGGAAGGAGACCGAAGCCCGGGAUGAAAUGGUGGUUGCUGGUGGUGCUCACUUUGCCUCACAUUGGAGUCCUUUUGUGGAUGGCAGCAGCUGUGCCAAGGGACCUCUAACCAAAUUUGGUGAUGCCCACGAAGAUGCAGAGGAAUCGACGCUGAAGCGGGCAGGACCUCCUCCUCUACCUCCAAAGCCCAGGCUCAGUAUUUACCAAGAGGAAGGCCUUGUGGAUGAUGAGAAGAUCCAGACGAUCAAGUAUUGCCCCGACUCUCAGAGCCAGGUCCCGCCAGCGCAUAGGAGGCAAAGCAUCCCAGUUUGUGGGCCUCAGACAGAGUCCGCCUCCAUUGGCAUGACAGGCAGCGUCAGCAGCCCAGGCCUGCUCACCGUCCGAUACAGCGACAUGGGCAACGGCGACAGCACGCCCAAACACCUGGAGGAAAACGCGGAUGGCGUGGGACACAUGCCCCAGCUGCCACGCAAGAAGGAGAAGCGGGAAUUCCCGAAGCCAGCCAUCAACGGCUUGCCGCCGACGCCAAAAGUGCUGAUGGGAGCAUGCUUCUCCAAAGUGUUUGACGGCUGCCCUUUGAAGAUCAACUGUGCCACCUCAUGGAUCCAUCCCGACACAAAAGAUCAGUAUAUUAUAUUUGGGACCGAAGAUGGCAUUUACACCCUGAACCUCAACGAGCUGCACGAAGCCACCAUGGAGCAGCUCUUUCCGCGCAGGUGCACCUGGCUCUACGUCAUCAACAACACCCUCAUGUCGCUCUCAGGGAAGACUUUCCAGCUUUACUCCCACAACCUCAUCGCUUUGUUUGAACAAGCCAAAAAGACCGGGCUGGCCGCCCACAUCCAGACCCAUCGCUUCCCAGAUAGGAUAUUACCAAGGAAAUUUGCCUUAACGACAAAGAUCCCAGAUACAAAAGGGUGCCAUAAAUGUUGUAUAGUAAGGAACCCGUACACGGGCCAUAAAUACCUCUGUGGAGCUUUGCAGCUGGGCAUCGUUCUGCUUCAGUGGUAUGAACCCAUGCAGAAAUUCAUGUUAAUAAAGCACUUUGACUUCCCUUUGCCAACCCCGCUGCACGUCUUUGAAAUGCUGGUGAUCCCGGAGCAGGAGUACCCCAUGGUCUGCGUGGCCAUCAGCAAAGGCAUCGAGCCAAAUCAGGUGGUCCAGUUUGAGACCAUCAACUUGAACUCUGCUUCUUCCUGGUUUACAGAAAUUGGUGCAGGUUGCCAACAGCUUGAUGCCAUCCAUGUUACACAGCUAGAGAGAGACACGGUUCUGGUUUGUUUGGACAGGUUUGUCAAAAUUGUCAACCUGCACGGGAAACUGAAGUCGAGCAAGAAGCUGGCCUCGGAGCUGAGUUUCGAUUUCUGCAUUGAAUCUGUAGUGUGCCUUCAAGACAGCGUCUUAGCCUUCUGGAAACACGGGAUGCAGGGCAAGAGCUUCAAGUCCAACGAAGUGACCCAGGAAAUUUCAGAUGAAACCAGGGUUUUCCGCUUAUUGGGCUCCGACAGGGUGGUGGUGCUGGAGAGCCGGCCGACCGACAACCCGACCGCGCACAGCAACCUCUACAUUUUGGCUGGCCACGAAAAUAGCUAUUAGGUAGGCAACUGCUGGCCGACGUGAACUGUGAGCCCAGGAAGAGGAAUCUACGUCGGCAUCGCUAUCCUCCUGGCACUGGAAAGCAGCAGCCUGCUAAGGAAACCCUCUCCCUGCCCGGCUCGUCCUCUCCGCACCUCUCUUUGCCUGACUGUCGGCACCGGAACGGAGCCGGGUUUUUAGGAUCCAGAGCCAAAAUUUGUCGUCCUAUUUGUCUUGCGCGUUGUCUCGCAGCUGGGCCCAGCAGCUGCUCUGUCCCUUGCCACUAUGUGGUUGGUUUAAUGUCACGUUUGCUUAAUAAAAGGGAACCGGAGAACGA